AUGGAGUUUGGCGGUAGCGAGAAGAAAUUCUUCGAGUAUUGGCCACAGGGUUUUAGAUGGACAUGUUGCGGAACUCCUGGUGAUCAGCUGUUUGGGUGUGAUCAUCACGGUAAUGGGAAGAUGCCCUGCUCUUGCGACUUUUGCAAGAUGGGGAAACCACUCACUAAGAAGAUCUAUGAUAACCGCUGCAAGUCUGCACAUGGCAAAGGACUCAACCUCCCACGAGGUCCAGAUCCGCGAAGCUUCAAUGCAGAGACAAGGGAACACAAUGAGAUGAUGCGCAAGAUGAUGGGUAUGGAUUCUUGA